AUGGCGAAGGCGGCGGGCGUGGUGCUGUGCCUGGCCGGGGUCCUGACCAUCGCCCUGUACACGGGUCCCUCGAUGAGCCCGGUGAACCACCACCGCGCCUUCGCCACGCACCAUCCUCAAGCUCAUGCUGAUGGCGGCGGCAAGGGGACAUGCAUGGAUGAAGGGCACGCGUCGCAGCUCAAGGAGUACCCCAACAAGCUGCUGUCCAUGCUGGUACAGUUCAGCCUCAGCACCGCCCAGUCCUUCCUCCUCGCCGUCGCCGUCGAGCGGGACCCGGCCGCCUGGAAGCUGCAGCUCGACGUCGGCCUCCUCGCCGUCGCCUACUCCGGUCUUGUGGUGACGGGCGUGUCGUUCUACCUGCAGGCGUGGUGCAUCGAGAGGCGCGGCCCCGUGUUCCUGGCCAUGUCCAACCCACUGGGCCUCCUGCUCACCAUCUUCUGCUCCUCCUUCCUCGGCGAGAUCGUGCGCCUCGGCAGCCUCCUCGGCAGCGGCCUCCUCGUCGGAGGGCUCUACAGCGUCCUCUGGGGCAAGAGCAAGGACCACCUCCACCAGAAGCAGAGUCAUCAGGAGCAGGCACCGAAAACUCUGGCCACCGCCAGCAACGAUGGCCAUGACGACGACGAGGAGAAGCAGCAGCCGGCGGCGGCGGUGCAGAACACAGGCGGCGGUGACGAGAAGCAGCUCAAGGACUUGUUUGCAAUGGAGGCAUCGCCCCAUCAGUCCGGAUGA